GCGACGUACUUGCGCUAACCACUCAAUAGUUAAAUUAUGUGCUCUAAUAUUCGCCGAUAUAUUCCAAAGCUGAACCGUGGCAUAAUUAUGCCCGCGUUUCGUUCCUUCCAUGAUGAGUUUUCCUCAAAAGUCCCGCUGGAGGAAGUUCGAAAACAGAUGAAAGAAAAUCCACAGAAUAUCCCUAGUGCCCGGUCCAUUGCUGCCAAGUACCAGGUAUUUCGCGACACUGAUGCACCGGUAAUUCUGGAUGUGGACGAAGAAAGGAUGCUUCAUGAGGCGGGAUUGCAACAACCGGAAAAGCUUCAAGAUUUACCAGAUAUGUACAGUGGUAUCAACUUAACGCGGGGGAAAAGCGGAGUGUACGAGAUAGAAGAUUUGGUGACCGUUCUGAGGUUAAAUAAUGCUAUAAAUAUAUUCGUAUGUACAGUGCCAAAGGACAUCAAAUAUGUGGACUACAUGUGCAUAGUGUCCGGACGCAGCGUUAGGCACAUGCGAGGAAUGGCAGAGUUUGUACGGAAGGUGUUCAAGAUGAAACGAACGCCUACCGAUAUUAUACCUAAAAUCGAGGGAGAAUCAAGCAACGAUUGGAUGGCAAUGGAUUUAGGCAACAUAGCACUACACAUCUUCUCCACAAAGGCUAGGGAACAGUACGAUCUGGAAUCGCUUUGGAGCGUGGGUUCAGAAUUCGAUCGAGAGUACAAUAAACCGAACGAAGAGUUGGUUCAGUUGUUCGAAAAGCAUACGAUCUAUUUGGACGAUUUGAAACCGCGCAAAAAAGAUGGUGAAAGUGUGCAGGCGUAGCUAACUGUUAAACAAGCUUGGGGUAGAACGAUAUAGACCAAAGGAAGAUUAGCUCAGGCACAAAAGAAUGUCUUUGCACAAUAAACCCCUGAAGAAUGUUUUACAAAGAGAUUCCAGAUGUCUAGUAUGUUAACUGAACUCUUUAAACUUUUCUGAUGUGAAAGUACGUAAAAAAUAUUACUGUUUUAUUUCCAAACAUUACUAUCCACACACAAGGUACGAUUAGAUGUAGCAAAAAGAUAAAAAUGCACAAAAUUGAUAGUGUAAACUUAA